UCUGUUAAUGGCCGAAGACUCAAACUCUUCCGAUUCAAUCAUCGUUAAUGUCAUCGGAGAUGAUAACAAGUCCGCGCUCUUCGGCAAGUACGAUCUCGGGAAGCUCCUCGGUAGCGGCGCGUUUGCCAAAGUCUACCAAGCGGAUGAUCUCCAAAACGGCGGCCAAAGCGUUGCGAUCAAAGUCGUCCAAAAAAAGCGUUUGAAAGACGGUCUCACGGCGCACGUUAAGAGAGAGAUCUCCGUCAUGCGCCGCCUCCGUCAUCCUCAUAUCGUUCUCCUCUCCGAAGUCCUCGCCACCAAGACCAAGAUCUAUUUCGUCAUGGAGCUAGCCAAAGGCGGAGAGCUUUUCUCCAGAGUCACUAGCAACCGUUUCACCGAGAGUCUCAGCCGGAAAUAUUUCCGGCAGCUUAUCUCCGCCGUGAGGUAUUGCCACGCAAGAGGAGUGUUCCACCGUGAUUUGAAACCGGAGAAUCUCCUCCUCGACGAGAAUCGAGAUCUCAAGGUUUCCGACUUUGGUCUCAGUGCGAUGAAGGAGCAGAUCCACCCCGACGGGAUGCUUCACACGCUCUGUGGAACUCCGGCGUACGUGGCGCCGGAGCUUCUCUUGAAGAAAGGCUACGACGGUUCCAAAGCGGAUAUUUGGUCGUGCGGCGUCGUUUUGUUCCUCCUCAACGCCGGUUACUUGCCGUUUCGUGAUCCCAACAUCAUGGGACUAUACCGGAAAAUUCACAAAGCUCAGUACAAAUUACCGGAUUGGACUUCUCCAGAACUACGGCGGUUCCUCCGCCGUCUUUUGGAACCAAAUCCGGAACUGAGGAUCACCGUCGAGGAGAUUCUAAAGGAUCCGUGGUUCAAUCACGGAGUAGAUCCGAGCGAAAUAAUCGGAAUCCAAGCCGACGAUUACGAUCUAGAGGAGAACGGGAAAAUUCUAAACGCUUUCGAUUUGAUCACGUCGGCAUCGAGCUCGAAUCUCUCCGGUUUGUUCGGAAAUUUCGUGACGCCGGAUCAUUGCGACCAGUUCGUCUCCGACGAGAGUACGGCGGAGAUUAUGGUAAAGGUGGAGGAGGUUGCGAAGCAGUUAAAUCUGAGGAUAGCGAAGAAGAAGGAGAGAGCGAUAAAGCUUGAAGGGCCGCACGGAGUAGCCAAUGUCGUCGUUAAAGUUCGCCGGCUAACAAGUGAAUUAGUGAUGGUGGAGAUGAAGAACAAGCAAAGAGACGUCGGACUGGUUUGGGCUGAUGCUCUUAGGCAAAAACUACGUCGUUCCAUUAACCAACCGGUUUAUAGAAAUCCCUGACCAAAUCCGUUAUUAAAUGGUUUCGAACCGUGCGUGAGAUUUUUUUUGAACUCGGAAUUUUUCAACGUAAAAGAUCCAAUCGUGAGGUUUCAACAGUUGAACAAGAGAACCGGUUUUUAAUUUUACAAAAAAUAAUUGAUAGAGGAUUCGAAAAACAUCAUGGUGAACCGGUUCGGUUUACAUUGGAGCAGAGAGAGUAAUGGAAAUGAUCCGCCUCUUUGUAUGUACGGAAGGAAGAAUACGAACCGGGUUCUUAUGUUUUUUUCGGAGCAAAUGAAACAUAAAAUUUAUUUAUUUUAUAUUUGUCGGAGAGAAGUUGACCUUGAAUAAAACUCUGAUCUAGUCUCUGUGUACGUGUGACUGUGUGUGUGUGUGCAAACUUGGGCCUUUGUUUUUGCUAAGGGACAUUGCUACACCGUUUGUAAUAAUUAUCGUUGUUGAUUGUGAUUGGUAAUCGCACGAAGCUUAUAAGAAUCUUUUUGUAGUAAGCUUAUAGAUGUGCUCAGUUUAGAUAGAUAA